CAGAACGAGGUCUUGAAGGUACCAUGAGGAGCACACGUCCUCCAGUGGAACUGGUUCCAGAUGGUACCACAUGGAGCACACAUUCUCUACCAGAACCAGUUCCUGAAGGUACCAUGAGGAGCACACGUCCUCCGGCGAAACUGGGUCCAGAUGGUACGAUGCAGAGCACCCAUUCUUCAGCAGAAACCAGUCUGGAUUAUGCCAUGUGGAGUGCACAUCCCACAGCAGAUCCUGGUCCCAGUGGUGCCACACUGUAUGCACGUCCUUCAGCAGAACUGGAUGCUGAUGGUACCACACAGAGCACAGCUUCUUUAGCAGAUUUUGGUCUAGAUGAUAGCCCGAGGAGCACACAUCCUGCAGCAGAACCAGGUCCGGAUGGUACCAUGAUGGGCACACGUCCUGCAGUAGAACUGUGGUCAGAUGUUACCACAUGGAGCACACAUCCUGGAGCCAAACCUGGUCUGGAAGCUACCAUGAGGAGCACACGUUCUCCAGCACAUCUGGAUCCAGACGGUGCAGACCUGGACCCAGGCUCUGCUGGGGUCUCUGCCCCCCCCACAGAGCACCUAUCACCCCCUCCAUCGCAGAACCCCACCCUGAUGCCAGGAACCCUUCCUGUCCUUGCAGUCCAACUGGGUCCAGGCUCCAGCAUCCCCUCCCAGGGCCCCCCAGAGGUCCCCAGCACCCAGAGCCCUGCAGUGCCCACCCAGUCCCCCAAGGAGAUUCCCAGCACCCAGAGCCCCGCAGCACCCACGCAGCACCCCAAGGAGACCCCCAGUGCACAGAGCCCCUCAACACUCACUCAGCACCCCAUGGAACCCACCAGCCCCCAUAGCCUCCCAACACACCCCCUGCACCCCAUAGAGACCCCCAGCCCCCAGAUACCCCCAGCACCCCCUCAGCACCCCACAGAGACCCUCAGCACCCCGAUCCCCCCAGAACUCCCUCAGGACCGCAUGGAGAUCCUCAGCACGCAGACCCCCCCAGCACUCUCCCAGCACCCUAUGGAGACUGUUAGCACCCAGCCCCCCCCAGCACCCCUGCAGCACCCCACAGAGAGCCUCAGCACCCAGGCAACCCCUGAACCCCAGGAACACCCCAUAUUGCUCCUCAGCACCCAGACCCCCCUAGCACCCCCUCAGUACCCCACAGAGACCCUUGUAACCCAGACCCCCCCAGCUCAGCCUCAGCACCCCAUGGAGACCCUUGGAACCCAGACACCCCCAGCACCCAUUCAGACUCUCCCAGAGCCCCUCGGCACCCAGACAACCCCAGCACCCCGCCAGCACCCCACAGAGACCCUCAGCACCCAGACACCCCCAGCACACCCUCAGUACCCCCUGGAGCCCCUUGGCACCCAGACCCCCCCAGCAUUCCCGCAGCAUCCCAUGGAGCCCCUUAGUACCCAGACACCCCUAGAACUCCCACAGCACUCCACGGAGCCCCUUGCACCCAGAGCCCCCCAGCACUCCCACAGCACCCCAUAG